AUGGCGGCGGCGGGUGCGGAGCAGCGGCGGGGAGCGGCGGAGCCCCCGUUGGGAUCGCUGCUCAGCCGGCUGCCGCUGGCGCCCGCCCCGGCCCCACGGCGCCGCACCGCCAGCCAGUGCAAGCCGGAGCCGCCGCUGCUUCGCACCAGCAAACGGACUAUCUACACGGCCGGGCGGCCACCCUGGUACAGCGAGACCGGCGCGCCCGUAGAUGAGGCCUUUGUCAUCGGCCUGUGCGGCGGCAGCGCCUCGGGAAAGACCACGGUGGCGACGCGGAUCAUCGAGGCGCUGGACGUGCCCUGGGUCGUGCUGCUCUCCAUGGACUCCUUCUACAAGGUGCUGGAUGAGGGGCAGCAGGCGCUGGCAGCCCGCAGCGACUACAACUUCGACCACCCCGAUGCCUUUGACUUCGAGCUGCUCGUCAGUGUCCUGCGCAAGCUCAAGAAGGGCAAGAGCGUGAAGGUGCCGGUGUAUGACUUCACCACACACAGCCGGCGCCGCGAGUGGAAAACAGUGUAUGGGGCCAAUGUCAUCGUGUUCGAAGGGAUCCUGGCCUUUGCCAACAAGGAGCUGCUCAAGCUCCUGGACAUGAAAGUGUUUGUGGACACGGACUCUGACAUCCGUCUGGUGCGGCGGCUGCAGCGCGACAUCAUGGAGCGCGGGCGUGAUGUCGCAGGGGUCAUCAAGCAGUACAACAAGUUUGUGAAGCCGGCCUUUGAGCAGUACAUCGAGCCCACCGUGCAGGUUGCCGACAUCGUGGUGCCCAGGGGUGGGGAAAACUUCGUGGCGCUGGACCUCAUUGUGCAGCAUGUGCACAGCCAGCUGGAGAAGCGGGAGAUUACAGUCAGGGCAGCCCUGGCCUCUGCCCACCAGGGACAGCCACUGCCGAAGACGCUGAGCGUCCUGGAGAGCACGCCGCAGGUGCGGGGCAUGCACACCAUCAUCAGGAACAAGGACACAACCAGGGAUGAAUUUAUCUUCUACUCCAAGCGCCUGAUGCGGCUGCUGAUCGAACAUGCCUUGUCCUUCCUGCCGCUGAAGUCGGUCACGGUGGAGACGCCCCAGGGCACGAUGUACGAGGGGAAGCGGUUCCACAGGCAGCGGAUCACCGGCGUGUCCAUCCUGCGAGCAGGCGAGACCAUGGAGCAGGCCCUGACCGCUGUGUGCAAGGACAUCCGCCUGGGCAAGAUCCUCAUCCAGACCAACCUGGACACAGGGGAGCCUGAGCUGCACUACCUGCGCCUGCCCAAGGAGAUCAGCGAGGACUACGUCAUCCUGAUGGACAGCACCGUGUCCACGGGGGCCGCGGCCAUGAUGGCCGUGCGCGUCCUGCUGGACCACGAUGUGCAGGAGGACAGGAUCUUCCUGCUGUCGCUGCUGAUGGCGGAGAUGGGGGUGCACUCCGUGGCCUACGCCUUUCCCCGUGUCCACAUCAUCACCACGGCUGUGGAUAAACGGGUCAACGAGGAGUUCCACAUCAUCCCUGGCAUCGGUAACUUUGGAGACAGAUACUUCGGCACCGAUGGCCCCUCGGCCUGGUGUGAGAGCGACAGCAUGGACUGCUGAGCUGGCUGGCCCCAGGACUACGGGCCAGGCUGGCUGCAGGGCUGGCCCCUAUCCCUGCCCCCAGGAGAGGCCCUGAGUUGCCAGCUGUGCCCACCUGCCAGCCCCUGGCUCUCGGACCUGCACAACAAGCCCGUGUUGAUGGUCUCCCUCUGCCCCCAAGGACCAAUCCUCCCCAGGGAGGAGGAGAAGAGAGGGAUGGCCUCUCCUGUGGACCACGGAGAGGGGACAUUUAGGGACAUUCCUUGUUCCCAGAGCCCUGCCUCUGGGCCUGGGCCAGCCGUGCCUCCGAAGGGAGUGGUGGCCUCCCUGCGGCUGUGCCUGAGGG